AUGGCGCCCGACGAGCUCCGCGUCUCCCUCGACGACCUCCGGUCAGCAGCCGACACCACCUUCCAGAACGCGUCUGCCGCCUCCCUGCCCGCAUUGACUACCUCGUCUUUGAAGGUGCUACGUUCGAGAAGUCGACCCUCGACAGCCUGGAGAUGGUUAGUCGCUGUUGGCGGCAACGCGGACGUGAAUGCUGUCGAUGCGUUGGCCGAGGUUGGUUGCGAGGUGAAGACCACUAGGGACCGGGAAAUCGUUUCCCUCGGCGCCGGCCUGGACGACGUACGUGCGCGGCGCAUACACCGUCGCAUCAAGCGAGAAGAUAAAUUUGACGGCCUCUGCUUGCCGUUCGGAGACGCGCCCCGCUAG